GAUCAGAAGCAGGCUGACCUCAGCAGCAGGAGAACGUAGAUGAGAAGGUGUCACGCUCACCAGGCCUGUUUGCCUGCUAGAAAGGGCAGUAGAAAAUGAGCAGGGCAGGGGCUGCAGCAGGAGAGCAGAUGUGGGUGAGUCAGCUGUGGCUACUGGCAUCUGUGGGUGGCAACAGUGCCCUGGCUGCUAUGAGUUAUUCCCACGGUGCCAUCACCUUAGGUUCAUGUCCCACCUGCUUGUCCUGGGCAUAGUACAGGUUUAGCUUCUUGUGGUCAGAGGGGUCCCUGGGCUGCCCCUCAGUCACAGCCCUGGCACCACGCUGCCUUUUCCACAGAGGUUCUUUUCUCUGCAACAGUCAGCAGCUUGGACAUCAUCCUCAAAAGCAGCUGCUGUAAGGUGAUGGAGGAAAGGUCUCCAGAGAAAAGAGACCAGGGAGGAACUGGAGAGGGCAAGGAUCAAGAACUCCUGUUGGUCAAGAGUCAGGCUGUUAAUAGGUUUAAGCUGAGGAACUACAUAUCCAGUCUGAAAAUCAAGAGGAUUAUAUAACUGGAGGAAAAGUUAGACAGUGGAACCUGCUGCCAAGACAGAGGUUGUGAAACUGGAGAUAUUCAGGGCUAGGCUAGACACCCAUCCAGCAGGGGUGGCUUUGGAAUGACUGAGGGAACAAUGCAAACAGCCUGACUGCAUGACCCAGUAACAGCCCCUUCCAGUCCAAGUAUGUCUGAGAGGCUUCAGCAAUGCAGUUGGCAGCUUGUCCGCUUCCAGCAGAGCAGGGACAUGUCCUUGCCAGCUGUGCCAGCAGUGCCUCCUGCUAAAGCCAAGCUGCAGCAGCCUGGGGCCGAGCCCAGCACCUUUAACAGCACUUCUGUUCCUGCUAGGUUCAGCUUGCCCUCGAUCCAUGUGAAGCCCUGCUGGGAGCCCCUCCUCGAGACCCCCAGCCUCCCGCUGCGUGGUGCCCCAGGGCAGCCUGUCCAGAUGAGCAAGGCAUCCCCCCAGGCCCCCGGCACGGAGGCCAACGGCGUCAGCGUCAUCUACAGCCAGGCGCACGGCAGCGGCCUGCAGCAGGUGCCGCAGCUGGUGCCCGCCAGCCCCGCGGGCGGGGGCAAGGCCGUGCCCCCCAGCAGGCAGGGCAAGAAGGGCUGCCUGGUGGACAGGAGCAGCGAGGAGUACCGGCAGCGGCGCGAGCGCAACAACAUGGCGGUGAAGAAGAGCCGCCUGAAGAGCAAGCAGCGGGCGCAGGACACGCUGCAGAGGGUCACCCAGCUGAAGGAGGAGAACGAGCGCCUGGAGGCCAAGAUCAAGCUCCUGACCAAGGAGCUGAGCGUACUGAAGGACCUGUUCCUGGAGCACGCGCACAACCUGGCGGACAAUGUGCAGCCCGCCGGCACUGAGCCCCCCAGGGCCAGCCCCGACAGCAGCGGGCAGUAGGCGCUGCCGCAGCCCCUGCCCUGUGCCCUGCAGCUGCCUGCAGUGACCCGGCACACACUGUCCUCCUGACCUGGCCUCGGGCGCUUUCCCUCCCUCUGGGUUUAACACUGAAGAUUUGAUACAGUUGCACCAAAAGCCACCUGGGUGCUCUCUGAGACCUUCCCUUCCUCCCAGGAUCUACCCAAAGCUGCAGAGCUCAGCUCACAGCCAGCAGGCAGCCUGCUCCCAGGGAAGGGCAUUGCCACAGAGGGUCACUUACAGCUGGCAUGCUGGGAGGAAUCCAGCAGGAGUACCAGAAACUCCUCGCUGGCUGAAAUGCCUCUGGGUAGCUGUGGCUGUGUCUCAGCCCUUAGCUUGCUGUGUUACAGGCUGCAGAAGCCCUGGCUUGGUUGCUUUCCCUGGCCUGUAGAUCCAUGGAGCACAUCCUGCAAAGCACUACUUGUGGCUUUCCUGUCCAGUGGUAGCUGCUGGGGAGGGUGUAGCAGUGGUGAGCUGGGUGCUUGCUGGACAACAGCAGUAUGCUCUGAGGAUAUGUACAGGAUAUGUACAGGCAGUUGGCUGCCCAACAGCAGCUCAGGCUGAAGCAUCCUGCACUAGAGGUCAGGCAGCACACACAAAGGUCACUGAUCCUACAAGGCUUUCUGAGAGUGCUGCUUGAUCUCUUGUACAGGCUCAGGAUGCUUCAGAUCCAAGCAGGGCCUCACAAGAGCAAGAAAAUGCCCAAAUGCUGCCAAACCUGUGCUCUGCAAAGCUGCAUUCCUGAUGGGGUGCAGGUGUCCGGGAGAACAAAAUCUGCAGCUUGCCUAGGGUCAGCCACAGUGCUUGGAUCACUGCCCCUUGACACUCAGCUCCACUUCCAUGGCUGCUCAGACUUGCAGCCAAGAUCUCCAGGUAACCCAAAUGGCCCUGGUCUGAGUACCAGAUGCAGUGACUUGCUGCAGCCAGCACACAGCUCUGAAGCCUCUUCAGUCUUGGGUUAUGUUCAGAACAAGUUUUUACCUGCUAGUGCUGGGUCUUUGCCAGGCCCAUAAUGCAGUGAGCUGCACUGCAGUGAGCAGUGCACAGCAAAGCAGGACCUUUGAUGUGACCUUAAUUUAUUUUCCUUUUAAACUAUUUCCUUGCUGGUGUGGUUGUGUUCCACUGAAGCAGUGCUGGCUAGUGGCUUGCUGCCCUGUCUGACUCUCCCCACAGGAUGCUGUAGGAUGCUGUUGGCCUCGUACCUGUCCUUAGGAAGAGACCUUGGAUAUUAUCUCUAUGAAGAUGCUGUUAGCAAACCUUACAAAGUUGGGUUUGAAUCUAAACUUUUAAUACCUACAGAAAAGUUCUAUGGAUUGUUUUGGAUUCUGGUAGUCUUUUUACAAAGAUGUCUUUUGGUUCUAGCUGCAGCUUACGUAGGUAGGGUUGAAAGAGCAGCAGCUAAUAAAACCUUUUG